CAGGCGGUGCGCACGGACCGUUCUGCUGGAAGCGCGGGAGUCUCGGUUUGCGGCGGCUUCGGCAGCUGUGUUGAGUUACAGUUAGGGAGGCUCCGCUUCCCUGGGACUUCACGAUCCUGCGAGGCGAAAUGGCCCCGGACUAGAGAGGCCCAGGCGGUGGCAAUGCGGGGGCCGCCGCGACCCCAGGCUGCUUGCAGGAAAGGAGCCUGAGGGCGCUCGGAGUCGUGUGGGCCUUUCCUUUCUUCCUUGGUAGUGACAGUGCCGACUCCGAAGAUGAGCUUCUCCCGUGGCCCCUCUUUCAAGAAGGAGCAUCUUUGGAUGUAUCUGCAGACGCUCGGCUUCGAGCCAGGCCCAGCCGCCACGGCCUGCGGGAAGGUGGCAUCACACGCGCACCUCGGAGUGAACAUGUUCGACAAGCCAAACCGUGAUGCCUUUCAAAUAGUGUCUUAUUUCUUGUUUCAAACGCUGGACCAGUCUCUCACCAAAGAAGUUUUCAAAGUUUGUUGGCCUCCAUUUGACCAAAAAAGUGAUACUGAAUUCCGGAAACUUUGCUGUGAAUGGUUAAAAAAAAUUUCUAUGGAAUGUGGAAAUAACUUUCCUCAAGUUGUUGCUUCACUAUUUCUUUCUCCUGGUGGUCCUAAGUUUAUUCACCUGAUGUAUCAUUUCGCAAGAUUUGUUGCAAUAAAAUAUAUAAAAACACAUUCCAAAAAUUCAUUCAAGCAUGUUGCAGAGACAUUUAAUUUAAAGCCACAAGAUUUGCACAUGUGCAUUGCCAGGUCCCAUGUAGCACGUAACAGAUUUUUACAGAUUUUACAAAGACAAGAUUUUGUUUUCCAGAAGUAUCAAGAAAAUGCACAAUUAUUAGAUGAAGAAGUACGAAAUUUGAGAUCAGAAUAUAUAGGACUGCAAAACCAAAUGAAAAACAUGGAACCUUAUGAUGACCAAAGUGAUAUACAAGAAAAAAUUCAAAAGGUUCGGUCUUUGUGGGCUUCAGUGAAUGAAACUCUCUUGUUUUUGGAAGAAGAGAGAGAAAUUGUUAGUUCAGUCCUCAGUCUCGCUGACCAGUAUACUUUAGAUGGAACUAACGUUGCUAUUGAUGUUCCAAGGCUCUUACUUGACAAAAUUGAGAAACAAAUGUGUCAGUUGCACAUAGGAAAUGUUUAUGAGGCUGGGAAAUUGAACCUGUUGACAGUUAUUCAGUUAUUAAAUGAAGUCUUGAAAAUAAUGAAAUAUGAAUGUUGUCAGGCUGACCAAGCAAAACUGACAAUAGACCUUCGCUUCCUUGAAAAAGAGGCCAAAUUACAGAGAGAAAGAUUAUUGGAUCUGCAGCAUAUGAGGCAUAAAUUAGAAGAAGAUCUUACAACUAUAACACAUUCUAUUGUUGAAAAACAAGAAAAAUGGCAUAAAAAGUGGAAAGAAUUUCUUGGUUUGUCUCCUUUUAAUCUAAUAAAAGGUUGGACUCCAGCUGUGGAUCUUUUACCACCCAUGUCUCCUCUUUCAUUUGAUCCUGCCUCAGAAGAAGUAUAUGCAAGAAGUAUUCUUUUGCAGUAUCCUGCUUCGCUUCCAGAUACACCUAAACAGCAUAACCAGGAAAAUGAUUGUAGAAGAGCCAGUGAUGUACUGGGAACUGUAUAUGAUCUAACCAACAGCCCUGCUUCUCUGUUUCAGCCAGUUUCAUCAUCAGAUGGAAAUAGUGUUACAAUAUUUGAAAAGGACAUGAAGAUUGGAACAUCUAGAGAAAAAACUGAAACAAUUUCUAAGAAAACACCAGAGUGUGAAGGGGAAGACUUUCCAUCAUCAUAUAUUGCAAAGAAUACAGAGAGCAGUGCAUUAGGAGGACCUCUGCCAGUUAAAAAAAUUGAUCCAUUCCAGAAAGAGCAAGAUCACCUGGCAGAAGAGGUUGUGAGGACAGUAUUAUCUGAUUCACCACAGCUCUCUACGGGAAAAGAAGUAAAAUUAGAGGAACUGAUUGACUCUCUAGUUUCUAACCCAUUCUUAACUAGGAAACAAAUUCCCCGAACUCCAGAAAACUUGAUCAGUGAUAUUAGGAGCUCAUGGAGAAAAGCUAUUAAAAUAGAAGAUAACAGAAGUACAGAAUCAAUUCAAAUGGAUACUGAACAUAGAGAAAGUUUUAAGGAUAUUGAUUUUGGCAUAUUACAUGAAACUCUUCCAGAAGAUGUUGGUCAUUUAAGUCUUAAUAGCUCCAGUAGUACAGAGGCCAAUUUCAAACUGGAACCAAAUAGUCCUAUGAACAGUAGUGUUUUCUCAGAAGAUGUUGUGGGAGAAAGACAGACUACUCCAAAAUCAGACUCCCAUGUACAGGCUAUUUACAGUACAUAUGAGGCUCUGAAAAAAUCUCUUAUCAAGAAAAAGGAAGAAACUUACCUCUUUAAUUCUGAAAUACCUGAAAGACACAAACAAGAAUUGAGCCCUGCUCCUCAAACCAUGCAAACAGAUGAUAUGCUUAACCUGCUGGACACUCAAGAUUUGCAUACUGACUAUACAAAACCAUCUUUACGAAUGUCCCCUGGUGAAAGAAAACGGUCUCUUUCACCACUAAUUAAGUUUUCUCCAGUGGAACAAAGAUUGGGGACCACGAGGCCAUGUAGUCUUGGAGAACUUCCACCUUAUUUAAAAGAAGCAGAAAUCUUGAAUAAGAGCCUUGAUGCAAAAGAAUCGCCGUCUGAGUUGAAGAGAUAAUUUACUUACGUUGCACACUUCAGUUGAAGCAAGUUGAUUUAAAAAUAGACUUAUAGCCCUAGCUGAUGUGGCUCAGUAGGUUGAGCAUCCUCCCAUGAAAUGAGAAGUCACCGGUUCGAUUCCUGGUCAGGGCACAUGCCCCGGUUGCUGGCUU